AUGGCCAGCCUCCAGACAUCGUUAAUCUCGUGGCUAUCGUUACGACUCCUGGGCAACUCGAACCAAAAGGCCGUUAAACCCGACACUGCACUGGCCGAUCUAGCCGCUCUGCGAUCCUACCACACCGAUAACUUUCUUGACGAUAAACUCUUUGACAAUAAGCACUUUCGACGCCUUAUAGAUGGUGCUAGAAGACUUAAUCCUAUCACAAAAGUUCGAGUCAGGAAACCGAUUUCGCGUGUUAUUAUCGCGAAACUAUCCGCAGGCCUAGCUUCACUCCCAUUACAGCCCCUCGAGAUGACCCCGAACCUUCUAGAUGACUUGAAUUUUGCAACUGCCUGCCGGGUAGCAUUUGCUGGUUUCCUCCGCCUCGGAGAAUUCACCUAUAAGGCAGAAGAUCUUAACACACGCUCUAUUUUUUUAGCUACAAAUCUUACACGCUCUGACGUCAGAUUCUCAUCCUCGUUAGAUCAUGUGCAACUUACACUUAAACGGAGUAAGACAGACCGCCGCCACGAAGGAAUACAGAUUGUUCUCGCAAAAACAGGAGAUGAAACGUGCCCAGUAGACGCACUUCAAAAGCUAUUAUUUCUCGAUCCUAAAGAGCCUGAUACCCCAUUAUUCUCCUUCUACCGAAAACUAUUUAGUCGCAACUAUUUUCUCUCUACCUUAUCCACUAAGCUGAGAGCACUUGGGAUACAGACGGACGGUUACUCGGGCCAUAGCUUUCGGAAGGGUGCGGCUCAACAUGCUCACGAUAGUGGAAUCCUUAACGAUCAGAUCCAGGUGCUCGGGAGAUGGACCUCGGAGGCAUUCAGACUCAACAUCACGAUGCCGGUCAUGGUCGAUCCCAAUAUCCGCAAUUUUAACCGAGAGCUCGCCCAUCUCAGACACGAUCUGUCCCAGCUUCGUGCUGAGGCCUCGCGGCACAGAGUUGAUGGAAUAGACACAGAUGUCUAUCGGUUUUGGGAGCGUAACAAACAGUUUGAAAAUUUGAAGACAGAAACAUCCAGCAUCAAGGAACGAACUGCUGCUACAAAGGCCGAAUUAAACGCCAAAAUACACGAGCUCGCCCAGAAAAUUGAAUAUCUCAUUAAACGGAAUUCACAGAUGAACGAAGUUCAUUCUAGCCAAUAG